CGCAGCGCGCCGAGGGGGCCCGGCCUUGCCCCUGACCCUGGAGGCCGGGCCCGGAAGAGGCUAGUUUGAAGGGCAGAGCCCAGAAAGCCUCAAUGGCGGCCCAGCCCCGGGUCCCGAGGGUAAAGGCCCCAAACCCCGAAGUCCUAGUGGAGCGGGGGUCGCGAAUGGCGUCAUUCCCCCGCCUGUGUCGGGAGAGUCGUUUGCCCGAAUCAGCAAGCCGGUUGUGUGGCUCCGAGACGGCAAUUAACAAAAGCAGCAGCAGGAUUUUCGGACAAAGCGGGCGUGUGGCGUGAGGGGAAGGCCGGCGUCGAAGAGCACUCUGUGUGGGCCCUGAGCGUGCAGAGCAGCAGCCGAGGUUCUGGCUCUACUUCUGCCACAGCUGCAGCAUGGCAGAAUCUCUCACCACUUUCUCUGAUCCGAGGACAGAAAUGAGCAUCCUGGAAACCAACCAGUACUUGCGCUCCCAGCUGGCAAAAACCAAACAGAGCUUCCGAGACCUCACAGAGAAAUUCCUCACAUCCAAGGCUACUGCUUACUCCCUGGCCAAUCAGCUGCAGAAAUACAAGAGUGAAGAGCACAAAGCCCUCAUUGAAUCCGUGCUAGAGGAGGGAGCGCGGUUUGAGGGAGAGCUGGCAGAGAAGAGGAGCCCAGCUGCAAGGCUGGGGAAACAUGAUACCCUAAUUCAGGCUCAUGCCCGAGAGCUGACCCACUUACGACAGAAGAUACGAGAAGGGAAAGGUGUCUGUUAUCUUUUCAUUCAGCAUACGAAGAGCAUAGUCAAGUCUUUUGAGGGUCUCCUCAGGAGUGCUGACAUUCCCUACUACCAGGGACAGAGAUUCUGUGAGCAGCUGGCCCAAGGAAGCCAGCUGGCAGAGAGCCUUGCCAGCAAACUCAUCACUGAAAAUCACAAUGAUAAGGAUGAAGAUAGACAGGAGCCACUGGCACCCAGGCUCAGCAGGGGGCUCCAGGAGGAAGAAGUGAAUGAAGCCCUGGAAGCCUCACUAGAUGAACAGUAUUUGACUGAUUCCAGUCGCCAUGACUCUCACCAGCUUCCCCGCAGCAGUUCCUUCCUGCUUGACAUGCAGGAAGCCAGCUCUGCUGUGGAAGUCACCAGAUUCUCCAUCUUCUACCUCAUUCCCUGUCCUGGUGGAAUGGCUGCAGAAGAUGAGAUCCAGAACCUGUACCAGCACCUGAGGGAAAUUCUUUUCAUCAAUGCCUGCCUUCAAGAAAAGCUGGAACAUCAUCUCAGCAUUUCUGACCAAGGAAACGGAUAUACUUCUGACUUCUACAGGGAGAGCUUGGACUCCCUUGCGCAGCUGUACAAUGAAAACAGAGAUAUCAGGAAAGAAAGUCUGAGCCUUCUGGCUCACCUGAAUCGUAUUUCCAGAGGUAAGAACUAGGAGUGGAAAUAUGAAAAGUUCUUAUUUCAACAAAGCUCAGUCAUGAACAUCAUUCCCCCAUUGAUGAGAAAAACUAAAACAACGAAACAGUGAAAGCCCCAAAUCUGAAAGUGAGAGGGCUCCACCUCUAAGAAUCAGAUUUCUCAGCCACUUUGGGUUUUUACUCCCAACAGAUAGUUUCCAGAAAUCACAGCCCUUCAGCCUGCAAAUUUGAUAACUACGUAAGAGACACCAAUACCUAGAUUCACAGAUAAUCUCGAGAUGCUCUAACCCUCUCCUCUCCCCACCCUCAUUCUGUGGACAACUGGAGUCAGCAGCAGCUGGAAGAAAAUGUCAAGGAUUUGGGUCAAGAGUAAGUCAGAAUGACGUUGCAGACUAUUCAUCAGCUCUUCUGCACAUGGCCAUUUUCCUUGAAAGAUGAAGAUUCAGAAAUCUCAGAGAAUAGAGUUUAUUUUAUAUACA